AUAUUUGAAUUUUACAGCUAUCUAAGUGAAAGUGACAUUCAAUAUUCGCCAAGUUCACUAGACUGGGUGUCUGGUUUGUUGGUUUUGACUUCAGCGGGAGUGUAUGGAACUCUACGAGUUAUUUCCAAAGAAGUUUUUAGUGUUGCUUCUUUCUUGACAAUAUGUGAGGAAUAUAAAAUCACUUGGACUUUGGUGCCUUCUUCUUACAUUUCUACGUUAGCACAUAGUCCGGAGAUCAAUGCAAAGCAGCUACGUACUCUACGGUAUAUCUUGUUCGGGGGAGAUCGAUGCCUAUCUGAGACAUUGAAAAAGAUGCAAUUAUAUUUGCAAUUUGAGGGAAUUCUUCAUCAAGGCUAUGGUGUGACAGAAAUGGGCAGCGUGGUUACCUGGAAUUUUGGACCUCAAUCAAAACUGGCAUCGGUGGGAACACUUCAAUCUAAGGUUCAAAUGCGUAUUGUAAGCGAAAGUGGUGAAGCUUUAGGACCCAACGAACGGGGAGAAAUCCACUGUCAUCUUGGACAACAUUGGGGAGGAUACUAUGAUAGUAUUCCAGCAACGAGAGAGAUUCAGGACUCCGAAGGAUGGAUUCACACGGGUGAUCUGGGAUACUUUGAUGAUGAUAACUAUCUUUAUAUUGUGGGUCGUAAAAGGGAUUUCCUUAAGUUUAGAACGAAAAUGUAUUAUCCACGUGAGAUCGAGGAAGUCAUAGCUCAAAUGCCGGAAGUGGCUGAAGUUUGUGUCUUUGGCAUUUGGAAUGAGAUCGACGGCGAUGCAGCAGCUGCUUCGGUUGUAACUAAAGCAGGUUGUCAAUUAACAGCCAAUCAAGUGUUGGACUUUGUUGCGGAAAACAUCAGCGAGAACUAUAAGCAGCUGCAUGCAGGAGUUCAGAUCGUCCCAAACUUGGCUAAGAAUCCUAACGGAAAGGUAAAACGGCAGGCCGUAAAAGAGGAAUUUCUCAAGGCAGCGCAGGAUAAAUCUAAAUGAUAUAAAUUUUCUGUGAUGCGGUUGCACAGUAAAUGGUUUAUUUUAAAUAGUCAAAAAUUUGAUAUUUUCUUUUUACUUAAAUUUGCAAAACUAUGAUAACAUUUUAAAAUUAGUUGACUUCAUUUAAAUGCAGAUCUGUUUUGACAUUCACUAUGACACCAGUUUAUCUUUAAAUUCG